GCACCCGGCCCCCGCCCCUCCUCCCUCCCUUCUUCCCUUGCCCUCCGAGUCCCGGGGCCGACAGUCCGCAGGCAGGCACUGCCGAGGCUACACCACUUCGGGCCGGCUCCCGGCGACGCCCUCAGAGGGGCGGCCCUGCGCUUGGAGCCCGAGCACCCGCGAGCCACCCCACGCCCCCGGGCGGGGCGGCGCAGAGCCAGAGCACUCAGGGGGUCCCGGGCGCCGCUAACCGCCUUGAGCAGCUUUGCGCGCGUGGACUCCCCACGCGCCCGCGCCGGGCGGCAGGAGCGGCGGCGAGAUGGCGGCGCGUGUCGGCCUCCUGCUGCGCGCCCUGCCGCUACUGCUGUGGGGCGGCCUGGACGCCCAGUUCUCCGAGCGCGGAGGCCAGGAGCUGCGCAGGGAGGCGGAGGCAUUUCUGGAGAAGUAUGGAUAUCUCAAUGAGCAGGUCCCCAAAGACCUCACCGCGGCAAGAUUCAGCGACGCCAUCAGGAAGUUCCAGCGGGUAUCUCAGCUGCCCAUCAGCGGCACGCUAGACCCUGCCACACUGCGCCAGAUGAUGCGGCCCCGCUGUGGGGUGGCAGACACAGACAGUCAGGCGGCCUGGACCGAGAGGGUUAGUGCCCUGUUCGCCGGACGCCGGGCCAAAAUGAGGCGUAAGAAACGCUUUGCGAAGCAAGGCAGCAAGUGGUACAAGCAGCUCCUCUCCUACCGCCUGGUGAACUGGCCACAGCACCUCCCGGAACAGGCAGUUCGUGGGGCCGUGCGUGCCGCCUUUCAACUGUGGAGCAACGUCUCAGCGCUGCAGUUCUGGGAGGCUCCAGCCACAGUCCCCGCUGACAUCCGCCUCACCUUCUUCCAAGGGGACCACAACGACGGGCUGGGCAAUGCCUUUGAUGGCCCAGGGGGCGCCCUGGCGCACGCCUUCCUGCCCCGCCGGGGCGAAGCGCACUUCGACGGCGACGAGCGCUGGUCCCUGACCCGCCGCCGCGGGCGCAACCUGUUCGUGGUGCUGGCGCACGAGAUCGGCCACACGCUCGGCCUGCCGCACUCGCCUGCGCCGCGCGCGCUCAUGGCGCCAUACUACAAGAGGCUGGGCCGCGACGCGCUGCUCAGCUGGGACGACGUGCUUGCCGUGCAGGGCCUGUAUGGGAAGCCCCAGGGGGGCUCCGUGGCCAUCCAGCUCCCAGGAAAACUGUUCACUGACUUUGAGGCCUGGGACCCCCACAGACCACAGGGAAGGCGCCCCGAAAUCCAGGGUCCUAAAUAUUGCCACUCUUCCUUUGAUGCCAUCACUGUAGAUGGGCAACAGAGACUGUACAUUUUUCAAGGAAGCCACUUCUGGGAGGUGUCCGCGGAUGGCAACGUCUCAGAGCCACGCCCACUACAGGAAAGGUGGGCGGGGCUGCCCCCCCACAUUGAGGCUGCUGCCGUAUCAUUGGACAAUGGAGACUUCUACUUCUUCAAAGGGAGCCGAUGCUGGAGGUUCCGGGGCCCCAAGCCAGUGUGGGGUUCACCACAGUUGUGCAGGGCAGGGGGCCUGCCCCGCCACCCCGACGCCGCCCUCUUCUUCCCUCCUCUGGGCCGACUCGUCCUCUUCAAGGGUGCCCGCUACUACGUGCUGGCCCCAGACGGACUGCAGGUGGAGCCCUACUACCCCCGAGGCCUGCGGGACUGGGGUGGUGUCCCCGAGGAGGUCAGCGGUGCCCUGCCACGGCCGGAUGGUUCAAUCAUCUUCUUCAGAGAUGACCGCUACUGGCGCCUUGACCAGGCCAAACUACGUGUGACCACCUCGGGCCGCUGGGCCGCAGAGCUGCCCUGGAUGGGCUGCUGGCAUGCCAAUUCGGGGGGCGCCCUCUUCUGAUGCUCCCACCCCUUAGUGAAUUGCUGGUGCCCUCGUGGCCAACGUGUAUCCUCUGCCCCAGGAGAAGGACCUGUCUUGGAAGCCUCUGAGCCUCCCUGCAUAAGACCAGGCAGGAAAGUUUGCAUUUGUGCCCUGGAGAAUAGCUUUGUGCUCUUCAGACAUCGACCUUUAAGGGAUCAAUCCAAGGAGAAACCAUUAAGGGUCUCCAACCCUACAGCCCUUCCCCUGAAGGACUCUCCUCCCCAAGCCUUAGGGAUUUUUCUUUUGCUAAAGGUACACUUCUGUCUGGGAGGCAACAGCACUGGGCGGCUAGGGAGGGUGCAGAACUCGAUGGAGAGGUUGGGACCACUUCGCAAGACUGUCUCCUUCCUCUCAGGA